AUGGUUGUUCUAUCUGAACUUCCAGAAGAAUCUUCAUCUUCUUCGUCAACUCAUGCCCAUAGUCCAUCAACUCAUGGCCAUAGUUCAUCAAUUGAUGGUUAUAGAUAUGACGUAUUUUUAAGUUUUAGAGGUCUUGACACUCGUCUUAGUUUCACCAAUUACCUUUAUGAGGCACUUAUAGAGGCCAAUAUCACUACCUUCUUGGAUGAUGAAGAAAUUGACACAGGGGAAGAUCUUAAACCGGAAUUGGAGAGUGCAAUUAAGGCAUCUCGGGCUUCUAUUAUUGUGAUGUCUAAGAAUUAUGCUUCUUCAACAUGGUGUUUGGAUGAAUUGGUGUUGAUCCUUGAGCAGCGUAUCACAUCCAACCAUAUUGUCAUCCCUAUAUUUUAUCAUGUGGAGCCCACACAUGUCAGGAAGCAACAAAGUAGCUUUGGAGAUGCAAUGGCUAAGCAUAAACAGACAAUGGAGGCAGAGAGAAAUGCAAAUAAAAGAAGUCAAUGGGCUCAAAAGAUGGAACAAUGGAAUAAAGCACUUGUAGAUGUUGCUAAUUUAAAAGGAAAUGAUGUCAAUGGAAGGUUCGAGACAGAGUUUAUUGGAGAAAUUGUGAAGGACAUCUACCGUAGAUUAAAAGUACCCCUAAGGAGCGCUCAACCACUACUUAUUGGGAUGGACUAUCAUAUUGACUUUGUCACUUCAUGGUUGAAAAAUGGAUCCUCUCAUAGGGCAGACAUACUCAUUAUUUUGGGUAUGGGUGGGAUCGGAAAGACAACUUUAGCUAAAUAUGUCUAUGGGUUACAUUGUCGUGAAUUCCAUACAAGCAGCUAUAUUGAAGAUAUUAGUAGGAAAUGUGAUGGAAAGUUUAAUGGGUUGCUUGAUUUACAAGAACAACUAUGUGGUGACAUUUCAAAAAUAAGUUUAACUAAAGUUCAUGAUGUUUUAGCAUACACCUCAAAGAUAGAGAAUGCAGUAGCUCAUAAACAGGUAUUUCUUGUUCUUGACGAUAUCAGUACUCUUGAUCAGUUGGAUGCAUUGCUUGGAAGCAAAGGUUUUCACCCGGGAAGCAAAAUCAUUAUAACAACAAAGGACGCAUGGUUGACAGAGAGUUGUGCACUUUUCAAAUCAAAUAUAAAACCCAAGAAGACAGAGGUAUUGCUUCAAAGCUUACAUGAGACUGAAUCACGACAACUUUUGUGUGUCCAUGCAUUCAUGUGCAACUAUCCUAAGACAGGUUAUGAAGAGGUGUUAUAUAAGCUUGUGAAUUAUUGUCAAGGACAUCCAUUGGCUCUUGAAGUUUUGGGCAAGUCUCUACACAAUAGAGAUGUAGCCUAUUGGGAAGGGUGUAUAGAAGUUCUAAAGAAAGAAACAAGUUCCCCUAUAAAUAAUGUCCUGAGAAUGAGCUUUGAUUCUUUGCCAUCUAACAAUGAUAAGGAGUUGUUUAAGCACAUAGCUUGUUAUUUUGUUGGAAUAGAUAGAGAUGUUAGUGAAACAAUUUUAAAGGCAUGUGAUAUAAACACGAAAUCUGGGAUCACAAAUCUCAUUGACAGAUUCCUUCUUACUAUUGGAUGGAACAACGAAUUAAACAUGCAUCAGUUAAUUCAAGAUAUGGGAAGAUGCUUAAUACGUCAAGAAUCACUUGACAAACCAUGGAAGCGAAGUUGA